AUUAGAAAAAGGAAAGCAAAAGCAAUCUCUGUAGCCUGCCAUUUUAGUAUGUAGAAAGAAACAUCAAAAUCCCAUUCCCACCACAAACAUAUCUAACCACUCCUAUCUUUCUUCCAAUUUCAACAUUUUCCUUCUUCCCUCCGACAACCUCCACAACAACAACAACCACUAUCCUAACCAACAAUCCCACCACCACCACCACCAUGACAUAACCUCAAUCAUCAAACAAUGUCACUCCUUUCCCUUUUCUUCUUACUACUCUUCUCUAACUUCACUCUUUUCACUUCUUCAACUUCCCCCAACAACAACAACAACAACAACUCAAACAUUAUCAUUUUAACCGGAAACCAAACCCUCCUUAGCCAAAACAAAACCUUCGAACUCGGUUUCUUCAACUUAGAACAAUCCCAACUAAACCAACCUCGUAUUUACCUCCUCAUCCGUUUCACUUCUCUCCCUUCCCCAAACAUAACCUGGCUCGCGAACCGGAACAAACCCGCCCCAUCUCUCUCCGGUUCAUCUCUCCAAUUAACCCGAACCGGUCAAUUACUCAUCACUCACAACGACACCGUUUUAUGGCAAACCAACACCACCACCAAAACCACCCCACAACAAACUCUCCAACCGAACCUUCUAGAAAACGGUAACUUAAUCCUCACCACCCUCAACGGCGUCGUUUCAUGGCAAAGCUUCGACGAACCCACCGACACGUGGCUCCCUGGUAUGAACCUCACUAGGGUUCACAGCCUUCUCUCAUGGCGGACGGUAACUAACCCUGCCGACGGGUUUUAUUCUCUGCGGUUGAAUCCACCGGACUACGGUGAGUUCGAGCUUGUUUACAACGACACCGUUUCGUAUUGGGCCACCGGUGAGUGGAAUGGCAAGAAAUUUGAAAAAGUUCCUGAGAUGGAUAUUCCGUAUCUUUACCGAUUCAAUUUCGAAGACGCGUAUUCUCCGAAAGCGUCGUUUGGAUUCUCUGAACGAGCUAUUGACAAUGAUGUUGGACCUCCUACCAUGUUCCGUGUUGAAGCGAAUGGUUUGGUUCGGCAGUUCACGUGGUCGAGUCAGAUGGGUGCUUGGAAUAUGUUUUGGUCUAGGCCGGAAUCGGUUUGUUCGGUUCCGCGUGUUUGUGGGAGGUUUGGGGUUUGUAUCAGCGAGGCGCCCUUGAGUUGUGCGUGUGUUAAGGGUUUUGUGGCGGUUGAUGGUGGUGGUUGGGGGGCUGGUGAUUAUUCGCAAGGGUGUUGGCGCGGGGAGAGUGGUUGUGGUAAUGAUGGGGUUUUUGAAGAGAUGGGGGCUUUUAAGUUUGGUUUUGAUAAUGUGACUAGUUUUGGGGCGAAAUCUAGAAGUUUAUGUGAGCGUCGGUGUUUGGAUUCUUGUGAUUGUGUUGGUUUUUCUUUUGAUGGAAAGAGUGGUUUUUGUAGGAAUUUUCUUGGGUCUCUUUUUGAUUUUCAGAAUUUGACUUCUUUGCAGAGUGGUGAUGGGAAUGUGUUGUAUGUUAAGGUGAAUCGGGGGAAGAACAAGAGGUUGAGUGGUAGGUUUUUGAGUGGUGUUGUUAUUGGGUGUGUUUUGUUUUUGGUUUUGAUUUUGGGUGUUGUGACGGUGACUUUGGUGGUGUUGGCGAAGAGGAAGAGAUUGAAGAAGGAGAGGGAGAUGGGUUUGGAGGAAGAUGGAUUUGUUCAGAUGUUGAAUUUGAAGGUGUUUUCUUACAAAGAGCUUCAAUUGGCGACUCGAGGGUUUUCUGAGAAAGUUGGGCAUGGUGGAUUUGGGACGGUGUUUCAAGGAGAGUUGAGUGAUUCUACCGUUGUUGCGGUGAAGCGGUUGGAGAGGCCGGGAGGUGGGGAGAAAGAGUUUAGGGCUGAGGUUUCAACGAUUGGGAAUAUUCAGCAUAUUAAUCUUGUGAGGCUGAGAGGUUUUUGCUCUGAGAAUGCACAUCGACUUUUGGUUUAUGAGUACAUGCCGAAUGGUGCCCUUAGUGCUUACCUGCGAAAGGAAGGGCCGUGUUUGAGCUGGGAUGUUAGGUUUAGGGUAGCAAUUGGAACUGCGAAAGGCAUAGCAUAUUUACACGAGGAAUGUAGAAGUUGCAUAAUACAUUGUGAUAUUAAACCUGAAAACAUUCUUUUGGAUAGUGAUUUCACUGCCAAAGUUUCUGAUUUUGGGUUGGCAAAGCUCAUUGGCAGGGACUUCAGUAGGGUGUUGGCAACCAUGAGGGGUACUUGGGGAUAUGUAGCACCCGAGUGGAUUUCCGGUGUUGAAAUUACCACAAAAGCUGAUGUUUACAGCUACGGAAUGACAUUGCUAGAACUCCUAGGCGGUCGCCGGAAUGUUGAGGCACCACCUUCGUCUGGUAAUAAAAAGAGUGACUGCGAGACAGGAGAGAAAUGGUUCUUUCCUCCAUGGGCGGCACAGCUGAUAAUCGACGAUAAUGUAGCUGCUGUGGUUGAUAAGAAGCUUGGAAAUGUAUAUAACAUUGAGGAGGCCAAGAGGGUUGCUUUGGUGGCAGUUUGGUGCAUUCAGGAUGAUGAGGCAGUGAGACCUAGCAUGGGUAUGGUGGUGAAAAUGUUAGAAGGGUUAGUGGACGUGGCUCUUCCACCGCCUCCUAAGUUGCUACAAGCCUUGGUUACCGGAGAGUCCUUUCACGGGGUCAAGGCUUAUUCGAGUAACGCAGUUUCUACUACCGGCAGUUCAUUUGCUGACGACAACAUGGAAGUGUCGGCUGCUGAUUCAGAAUCUUGUAUAGGAGAUGUUUUUUCCCCAUUGGACGGCAUUGUCAAUGUUCGAUAGCACAGAUAAGACACGUCGAUACUGGUAAUUAUAAUUUGAGACACUAACCCAUCAGAAACGCCUUCAGCGCAUUCAAUCUGUAGUGUUGGUGUUUCAUAUGUCCAAAUUAUCGCAGCAUUGUAAGUUUAGAAUACCUCUUGUCUAUCCUCCCUCACUUUUUUUAAUAUUUAAGGAGAGGGAUAUGAGGAAAAAGAUCAUUGAAUGUUGAUGUAAAUUAGAAUUUGUUGGACAACUUUAUGUUAGGAUGUUGGAUAAAAAAGAGUGGAUUCCAGCUUCUAAAUUCUAAUAUUCUUUUAAGUGAAAUGAAAUCAUUAACUUUUA